AUGAGGGAGCAUCCUACUGCUUUACUAAGCCAGCAUGGGGAGCAUCCUACUGCUUUACUAAGCCGGCAUGAGGAGCAUCCUACUGCUUUACUAAUCCAGCAUAAGGAGCAUCCUACUGCUUUACUUAGCCGGCAUGAGGAGCAUCCUACUGCUUUACUAAGCCGGCAUGGGGAACAUCCUACUGCUUUACUAAGCCGGCAUGGGGAGCUUCCUACUGCUUUACUAAGCCAGCAUGAGGAGCAUCCUACUGCUUUACUAAGCCGGCAUGGGGAGCUUCCUAAUGCUUUACUAAGCCGGCAUGAGAAAGAUCCUACUGCUUUACUAAGCCGGCAUGGGGAGCAUCCUACUGCUUUACUAAGCCGGCAUAGGGAGCAUCCUACUGCUUUACUAAGCCGGCAUGAGGAGCAUCCUACUGCUUUACUAAGCCGGCAUGAGAAGCAUCCUACUGCUUUACUAAGCCGGCAUGGGAAGCAUCCUACUGCUUUACUAAGCCGGCAUGGGGAGCUUCCUACUGCUUUACUAAGCCGGCAUGAGAAGGAUCCUACUGCUUUACUAAGCCGGCAUGGGGAGCAUCCUACUGCUUUACUAAGCCGGCAUGGGGAGCAUCCUACUGCUUUACUAAGCCGGCAUGAGAAGGAUCCUACUGCUUUACUAAGCCGGCAUGAGAAGGAUCCUACUGCUUUACUAAGCCGGCAUGAGAAGGAUCCUACUGCUUUACUAAGCCGGCAUGAGAAGGAUCCUACUGCUUUACUAAGCCGGCAUGGGGAGCAUCCUACUGCUUUACUAAGCCAGCAUGUGGAGCAUCCUACUGCUUUACUAAGCCGGCAUGAGAAGGAUCCUACUGCUUUACUUAGCCGGCAUGAGAAGGAUCCUACUGCUUUACUAAGCCGGCAUGGGGAGCAUCCUACUGCUUUACUAAGCCGGCAUGGGGAGCAUCCUACUGCUUUACUAAGCCGGCAUGGGGAUCAUUCUACUGCUUUACUAAGCCAGCUUGGGGAGCAUCCUACUGCUUUACUAAGCCGGCAUGAGGAGCAUCCUUCUGCUUUACUAAGCCGGUAUGGGGAGCAUCCUACUGCUUUAACAAGCUGGAAUGAGGAGCACCCUGCUGAUUUACUAAACGGGCAUUAG